GACUAGCUGCUUCCUUCUGCUGCUCAGAAAUAGACAAAAACAGAAGUGGUAACACAAAAAGCUGCAUUUCCGUGUACAAAGUAUUCGAGAAUCUUGCGUCUGCAGCAACAUGUCGACGGGUCAUGGGAAAUCUUAUUAAAGUUUUAGGAAAAGAUUUAGAAAACUGUCCACAUUUUUUUCUGGAUUUUGAAAAUGCACAGCCCACGGAGGCAGAAACAGUAGUGUGGAAUCAAGUCAACUCUGUCCUAGAAGAAGCCCAGAGUAUCCUGGCUGAACUGCAAUCAUACCGGGGUGCUGGGCAGGAAAUAAGACAGGCAAUACAGAACCCAUUGGAUUUACAUCUACAGGAAGAGGCAUGGCGCUCUGUGUGUCCUCUAGUAGCCAAACUUAAACGCUUCUAUGAAUUCUCUCUACGACUUGAAAAUGCACUGCACAGCCUGCUGGAAGCACUUACAUCACCUCCGUAUGCUCCAACACAACACCUGGAGAGAGAGCAGGCCCUGGCCAAACAGUUUGCUGAGAUCCUGCAUUUUACCCUUAGCUUUGAUGAGCUCAAGAUGACAAAUCCAGCAAUACAAAAUGACUUUAGUUAUUACAGGCGGACUGUGAGUCGCAAUCGACUAAAUAACUUCCAGGUGGAUGCAGAAUGUGAUGUAAACAAUGAGAUGGCCAAUCGCAUGUCUUUGUUCUAUGCUGAUGCUACACCAAUGCUGAAAACGCUGAGCAAUGCAACUACUAAGUUUGUUUCGGAGAACAAGUCUUUGCCAAUUGAGGACACAACAGACUGUUUAAGUACUAUGGCAUGUGUAUGCAGGGUUAUGCUUGAGAACCCUGGUUACCGUAGCCGAUUCACCAGCAAUGAGACUUUGCUGUUCUGUAUGCGAGUCAUGGUUGGUGUAAUUAUCUUGUAUGAUCAUGUACAUCCUGUUGGAGCAUUUGCAAAAACCUCAAAAAUUGAUAUGAAAGGCUGCAUCAAGGUACUGAAAGACCAGCCAUCAACAAGCACAGAAGGGCUUCUCAAUGCUCUCAGAUAUACAACCCGUCACCUGAACGAUGACACCACAUCCAAGCAGAUCAGAGCUCUUCUACAGUGAGCCAUUCUACGUGUGUCCCUUGCACUACCACUGCUUGAAAAAAAAAGAUGGGUCUAUGUCUAAAUAAGUGGCAACCUUAGGUCUUCAUCUAGGCAUCCCUCUGCUGUGCAGAGAGACUGUGUACAUCACUGGUCUUGUACUGCUGCCUUAUUGUGCUCUGCAUUAUUUUGCUGCAGAGCAUUGGCAAGUCAACCCUGUCCCGACGGGUCUCUUUAUCUUGUUGCUGUAGUCAGUGUGGUGCUUAUGAUUUCUGUCUUUCUCUUUUUAUAUUUAGUAAUGGUUUUACAGUGUUUUUCACCUGCAUAAUUUUGCUGUGUGCAUAGUUGACCUGUAUGUCAAUGGCCAUCAAGCAAUGUUGGCAAUGUUGAACAUUAUAGAAAGCAUGUUCUAAGAAUAAUAUAUAGGAUGUCAUUGCUGACCUCUUCUGUACACAGCAGUCAUGCUGAUCCAACUGCUUGAAUACAUUCUGAAUCUAAAUAUUAAAUCCACAAGCAACCAAAAGUUUUAGGAGUUCAACAAUGGCAACCUACAUAUGUUUCUCAGGUUUGAGUUUCCUUUUAAAAUUACCAGAGGAUCCCUUUUAUAAAGAUCAAAAAGGCUACACAUGGUACCAGAUUGCCUCACUAUGCAGGGAUUUCAAAGCAAUAUCAAAGCAAUUGUAGGGUACCUAUAGACUUGAGACUGGACAUGAUGGCCCCCCAGCCAGUCUCUGUUAAGGGACAACAAUUCACUGUUUGGUUAGAAAGCCUUUACCAUCUGCAAGAGCUACCCCCACCAUACAUCCCCAGAUGAUGCAGUACCAGGAGGUUCUUCUGCACCUUCAAUUUUGUAUUGAAGUAAACUUGUCAGCUUGGCAGAGCAGACCACUUAUGGAACACUCUGUCAUAAGUCUUAAGAGUAUGUGCCUUGAGGGAAGUCAGAUUCUACUUUCACGUCCAACCAGUUUGUCUGAGGCCAGCUUAAGGCAGUCAAUUUUAGCCAAAUCUAUUUUUGUUUGUUUUAUUAUAAUCUUAAAGGGUUUAAAGCUCUGUCAAGCUUUUAUUGUAAUCUGUGUUCCUAAUGGGAAAAAAAAUGCUCUGUAUUUGUUCUGUGGACAAAUGUCACUGCGACAGAAAAUGAUGGAGAAUAGAAUUAUAAAAUGAAGGGAAUUUCUAUAAAUGAGAACCGCGGUUCGUGUAAGAACUGUGAAAAAUUUGAGUUCUCUUAUUUUAAAGACGUUUCCUCCAACUUCCUGAAAUGUCUCCAGAACAAAACAACCACAGCAGUUUCACCAAUCUGUAGAUUAUUGUUGAUGUACACAGUCUCGUAAUGUCAAAAUAGCCUGUGUUUUAUCUUCCUUGACCCCCCCCCCCCCCCCAAAGUCCUGUGUAUGUUGCAACUCUGAUACGUUUGAUGUAUAAGUUAUACGUCUUGUAACUGAUCUGUCACUGUAUACUGCAAAUCACCACUGCCAAGUUGGUGACAUACGAUGGCCAAUAAAUAUCUACUCUACAGCUAAAUGGGAGUCUUCAACAGCUGGACACAUUUUCCUCAAAGAGCGCUGUCUAAAGAGUAUAUAUAUAUAUAUAUAUAUAUAUACACACAAAUACAUACAUACACAUGAUACUUACAAGCACACUGUGUCCAGGGCUAUUGGUGCAAUAUCGGAUGCACAGGGGGGUGACGAGGCUCGUGUUCAAACCUGGAGCAACGAUUCAACCAAAAACAUAAAUAUUGCACAAUUAUCUAUCACCAGGUAGCAAAGUAGUUUACGCCAGUCCCUGAGCCUGGUAUUCCAUAUGUAUGUGUGGACACUGUAUAUACAAAUGUCAUACAAUGUAGUGUACUUGUGUCAGAAAUGUUACGUUGAUAUCUGUGCUUAGAGUCCAUGCACAUGGACACUGCAUAUGGACUCACGAGACCUUUUUAUCUACAACUGUCUCUGCAGUGAUUCCUCUGAUAAACCUGUCUCAAUAAAACAAUAAAACUCUGUUCUGGUUA